AUGCGGCCUCAAUCGCACAGGCUUCCAUCCAAGCGGUGGUGGCAGAAGAGCAGCACUUUCCCAUGGAACCAGUUUAUUGUCCUGGCUCUUGUCCGCAUCUGUGAACCCAUUGCGUUCAUGUCGGUCUUCCCCUACGCUUACUACAUGGUCGAAUCUUUCCAUGUCGCGGAAAACGAGCAGAAGAUUGCUCUCUUUGUUGGCAUGAUCACAUCUGCCUUCACCUUUGCUGAAUUCAGCAGCGGAGUUUUCUGGGGCCGUCUAAGCGACAAAAUCGGCCGGAAGCCAGUCCUCAUCAUGGGCCUAGUGGGAACCGCCAUCAGCAUGCUCGUUUUCGGCUUCGCGCCAAACUUUCCAACAGCCCUGGUGGCUCGCGCUCUCGGUGGCUUGCUUAAUGGCAAUAUCGGCGUCCUACAGACGACAGUAGCAGAACUAGUGACCACCAAGGAAGACCAGCCCCGGGCCUACUCCAUCAUGCCCUUCAUGUGGUGCCUCGGCUCAAUCAUCGGUCCUUAUCUGGGUGGUGCUCUAGCCCGGCCUGUUCUCAGCUAUCCGCACCUAUUCAAGCAAGGCACUAUUUUCGACCGGUUUCCCUUUCUCCUUCCCAACCUGGUAUGUGUCGGUGUUCUCAUUACCGGAAUCUCCAUCGGCAUUCUCUUCCUGGAGGAAACACACGCCGAAAAGAAGUAUCGCCGAGACCGUGGCCUGGAAUUCGGCCGGUGGUUGUUGGGCCGAUCCUCGAGGCGUCUGGAAGAGGGCCCUGCACUCAUGGAGGACAAGGAUGCGCUCAUCGACGAUGAUUUCGAAGACCAACCUCCCGAAUACCGAAGCCGGGAACCCUCUCCUCGCUCAUCUUCUGUGGGACAUGAUCGUCCACGUGGAAUUGACGCCGACCUUGAGGAGCUACAGCAGAGCCGUCCUGUUGGUUUCAGCGACGCAUUGACUCGGCCGGUUAUCUGCGUUAUUGUGGGAUACGGAAUUCUAGCUUACCACAGUGUAGCUUUCGAUCAGUUGAUGCCCAUUUUCCUCAGUACACCACCGUCGGAUGAGAGCGUCCAGCUACCUUUCAAAUUCACCGGAGGCUUGGCCCUUUCGACCAAGGACAUUGGCUACAUGCUAGCCGUCCAAGGCAUCUACUCUAUGUUCGCACAAAUCUACCUAUUCCCAGUUUUAACUGAGCGUCUUGGUACACUCCGAACUCUUCGCUUGGCCUUGUUCACCUGGACGCCCCUCUACUUUGCUGUCCCAUUCCUCGUUUUACUGCCGAGCGCGCUACAAGUGCCAGCUGCCUACGUGGCCUUGCUUGGCAAGAUCACGCUGCAUGUCAUUUGCUUCCCAGCGACAAAUCUACUCCUUGCCAACACGGUCUCCUCGCCAAAUGUCUUGGGAACGGUCAACGGAUUGGCGUCAUCAGUUGCCAGCCUAAGUCGAGCCCUUGGCCCUUCAAUAACGGGGCUCUUGCACUCGAAAGGCUUGCACAGUGGCUUCUCAAUAAUUGCCUGGUGGGCUUUGGGAAUUGUUUGCGUGCUUGGCGCCAUCGAAAGUCUCUUUUUGCAGAGCACAGAUCAGAAAAAAGAGAACACGACCGAAAACAACACCGACGACCAACCAGCAGCACGCUCUCUGCCAGAGGAGGAGGUCAGGCUACUCUCCAGCAUGUGCCCCAAUUGCGAGACUUCCGACGAAGCCGAAACGUUGGUUGACGACAGAUUCGAGAAAGUCUGA